CCCAUGAUCUUCCACAAAAUAUCCCAGCAUACAUAGCUAAACAAGAAGAAAGGAAGAGAAGGCAAAGCCAAUUGAAGAUAAUGUCUCUAAUCACAGACGAGAUCAAGGCCAAGGCUGAGUAUUACUCUGGAGAUGAAAUCUGCCAAGUGAAAUCAAAAGAGUUGCUGAGAGAGAUAGGGAUGCCAAAUGGGUUGUUACCCUUGAGGGAUAUUGAAGAGUGUGGGUAUGUGAGGGAGACAGGAUUUGUGUGGCUCAAGCAAAAGAAGAGCAUAACCCACAAGUUUGAGAAGAUUGGGAAGUACACCUCUUAUGGAACAGAGGUCACAGCUUAUGUUGAGCAGCACAAGAUCAAGAAGCUGACUGGUGUGAAGAGCAAGGAGCUCCUGAUUUGGGUCACUAUUGGGGACAUCUAUAUUGAUGAUCCAGCCAGUGGUAAGGUCACUUUCCAGACUCCUGCAGGUCUCAGCAGGACUUUUCCAAUCUCUGCUUUUCAGAUUGCAGAGGAGGUUAAGGAUGGAAAGGAAGCUGAAGCCAAGGAAGCGAAGAAAGUGAAUGCAGCAGUUGAGGUGAAGGAUGCCUAAGUUUAGAUUUAUCUUUUACUAGUACCACUAAAACUGCUUCUCUGUGUUUUCUUCUAUCUAUUGGCCUUUAUGCUUCUGCUACGCACAAUAAAAAUCUGACUUAUUUUUCCA